UCACCUCGGUGCUUUUCUCGCUCAUUUCUUUACACUAAGAAGGGAUUAUUAACGUGUCACGUGAUUCUUCCGGCGUGCCAUCAUUGUUUGGAAUCUUGAUGAGACAAUAGGGAAAUGGAAAAGGAGGACAUGGGAAGGGUCUUUAGAGGACUUCAGCACCCUCCUCACUUCCCAUAUAUACCUCACUGGGAGUGGCUUACGCCCGUUUCAGUAGGUGUCUUCCUACACAUAUCUCCAACCGCUGUGUGAUGGGCCUACAAGCACCUAAAUACUUCCUGCGGCUGGCUGGCUUUGGUACAGUUGUCGGCAGCCUUGUGAUCUUCAAGUUAGAAACUAAGGAAGGACUGUUGCUUCAAAUACCACAAACUUACGUUUUGAGAAAACAGACGUUUUCUCAGACACUGCCUGGGGGGGAGCAGCACACAAGGGAGUUCAUCGGUGGGAGAAACUACAGCAGUGAUGAGAGCCUGGCCGGCAAGGUGGUGGUGGUGACGGGGGCCAACACCGGGAUAGGCCGGGAGACGGCGCUCACCCUGGCCAGGAAGAAGGCCAGGGUCAUCAUGGCCUGCCGGGACAUGGACAAGUGCCUUCAGGCAAGGAAAGAUAUUGCGCUGGAGAGUCGCAACAAACACAUCUACUGUGAAGAAUGUGACUUGGCGUCGCAGGAGUCUGUCAGAAAUUUUGCUCAGUUAGUUAACCACAGGGAGGAACGGCUGGACCUUCUGAUUAACAAUGCCGGAGUGAUGCGAUGCAAGAAGUCGUACACCAAGGAAGGCAUUGAGCUGCAACUUGGCACCAAUCACAUGGGUCACUUCCUGCUCACUCUUCUGCUCCUUGACAAACUGAAGGCAUCAGCACCGAGUCGCAUCAUCAACGUGUCAAGCACGGCGCACAGGCAUGGCAGGAUAAACUUUUCUGACCUCAACAGUACCCAGAACUAUGAUGAAGGACAGGCGUAUGCCCAGAGCAAGCUGGCCAAUAUUAUGUUCACCCGAGAACUGGCAGUGAGGCUUGAAGGCAGUGGAGUGACUUGUAAUGCUGUGCACCCGGGCAUGGUGUACACAGACAUCGGGCGACACAUGAGCAUCAACCAGAGCUGGCUGGCGAAGGUCCUCCUGCACCCGCUGCUGUGGCUGUUCCUUAAGACCCCACGACAGGGGGCUCAGACUACCCUUUAUGCUGCCUUGAGCCCAAGAUUGGAGGGUGUGUCUGGAAAAUAUUUCAGCCUCCAGCUUGAAACAGAUGUGUCAGAAGCAGCUAAGGACAGCGAGGCAGCCAAGAGACUCUGGGCCAUAAGUGAACGCUGGACAGGGCUUUCUUGACGAGACGACCUGUAAAUGGACAAGUGUAGGUCUGUACAAAGCAUUGUAUUAUACAUUUUUCUUUUGUAAUAAAUAGUUUAUGUUCUGUG